AUUAGGUCCUGACAGCAGCAGCAGCAGCAGCAGCAGCAGCAGGGAAUGGAGAGGGUAUUAGACCAAAUAACAGGACCAUUGUCAUUCAAGACGGCCCAAUAAACAUUAACUAUUAGGAUCAGACUUCCACUCCUCAAGCCCUGCCGUUACAGCCGUCGACUGUGCUGAGGAGAGAAGUGGGGGAGUAUGAUAAGCUGAUUGCGCAGUGUUGAUCAUGAAGCUAAGACAAAGUGCUGCCUGGUUCAUCACAGAGUCUAUGACCCUACCUUAACUUUUUGAGGGGAGGAUGAUGAAAUGAAAUAAACUGGGCACGUGGAGGACAGCAUCCCCCAGUCCUAAAGCAACAUGGAAGGACUUCAACUGGUCACCCCAGCCUCCAAUCCCAUGGGGCCUUUCUUUGGUCUACCAUGGCAGCAGGAGGCCAUCCACGACAACAUCUACACGCCUAGGAAAUAUCAGGUUGAACUUCUUGAAGCAGCUCUAGAACACAAUACUAUCGUGUGCUUAAAUACUGGCUCAGGGAAGACCUUUAUUGCAGUACUCCUAACUAAAGAGCUCUCCCAUCAAAUCCGGGGAGACUUUGCCGAAAACGGGAAGAGGACAGUUUUCCUAGUGAAUGCAGCGUCAUCUGUGAUUCAGCAAGCAGCUACUGUUAGGACCCACUCUGAUCUCCAAGUUGGCGAAUACACCAGCAUGGAAAAGACCUCGUCGUGGUCCAAGGAGAAGUGGAGCCAAGAAAUGAUUGAAAAUCAGGUGCUUGUUAUGACAUGCCAUAUCUUUCUGCAUGUGCUAAAGAAUGGAGUGUUACCACUAGCGAAACUCAAUCUGGUGGUGUUCGAUGAGUGUCACCUGGCAAUCACAGACCAUCCCUACCGGGAAAUAAUGAAGCUAUGUGAGGGCUGUCCGGGCAGCCCUCGUAUCCUGGGUCUCACAGCAUCCAUUCUGAAUGGUAAGUGUGACCCGUCUGAACUGGAGCAGAAAAUCCAGAACCUGGAGCGGAUCCUGAGGAGCAAUGCAGAGACCGCUACUGACCUCGUUGUCCUUGACAGAUACGCCUCCCAACCCAGAGAGGUGGUGCUUGACUGUGGACCUUACCUGGACAAGAGUGGCCUCGCGGAGCAUCUACUGAGCGAGCUUGACGAGGCUCUCCACUUCCUCAACGACUGCAACAUAUCUGUGCCGCGGGAGGACAGAGACCCCACCUUCAUAACGAAACAGGUGCUGGCCGACUGCAGGGCGGUUCUGCUGGUGCUGGGCCCGUGGUGUGCCGACAAGGUGGCUGGCAUCAUGGUACGGGAACUGCAGAAGUACAUCAAACAUGAACAGGAAGAGAUCAACAGGAAGUUCCUGCUCUUCACCGACACCAUCCUGAGGAAGGUCCAUGCCCUCUGUGAGGAGCACUUUUCCCCAGCUUCUCUGGACCUGAAGUUUGUGACCCCCAAGGUCAUCCGCCUCUUAGAAAUCCUCCAUGAGUACAAGCCCUUUGAGAGGCAGCAGUUUGAGAGUGUGGAGUGGUACAACGACCGCAACGAGGACAACUAUGUGUCAUGGAGCGAUUCGGAGGACGAAGAUGAGGACGAGGAAGUGGAGGUCAAAGAGAAGCCCGAAACAAACUUCCCCUCACCGUUCACCAACAUCCUGUGUGGUAUCAUUUUCGUGGAGAGGCGCUACACAGCUGUCGUGCUCAACCGGCUGAUUAAGGAGGCUGGAAAGCAGGACCCAGAGCUGGCGUACAUCAGUAGUAACUUCAUCACAGGCCACAGCAUCGGCAAGAACCAGCCACGCAACAAACAGAUGGAGGUUGAGUUCAGGAAGCAGGAAGAAGUUCUGCGUAAGUUCCGUGCCCACGAGACCAACCUGCUUAUAGCGACCAGCAUUGUGGAGGAAGGGGUGGAUAUUCCCAAGUGUAACCUGGUGGUGCGUUUUGACCUGCCCACUGAAUAUCGUUCCUACGUCCAGUCUAAAGGCCGCGCCAGAGCCCCUGUCUCCAACUACAUCAUGCUGGCAGACAGCGAGAGGACCAAGACCUUCCAGGAUGACCUGAAUACCUACAAGGCCAUAGAGAAGAUCCUGAGGAAAAAGUGUUCUAAGGCGUCAGGGGUGGGCGAGGUGCUGGAACCGGAGCUGGAUGACGACAACGUCUUGCCACCAUAUGUGCUCCGCUCUGAGGAUGGAGGGCCCAGUGUUACCAUUAACACGGCCAUCGGACACAUCAACAGAUACUGUGCCCGUCUGCCCAGUGACCCCUUCACCCACCUGGCUCCCAAGUGUAAGACCAAGGAGCUGAAGGACAGGCGCUACCAGUCAACCCUCUACCUGCCCAUCAACUCCCCUCUGCGCGUGCCUGUCGCUGGGCCAAUUAUGAACUGUGCAAGGCUGGCAGAGAAAGCAGUGGCGUUGCUUUGUUGCGAAAAGCUUCACAAGAAAGGUGAAUUGGAUGACCACUUGAUGCCUGUGGGGAAGGAGACGGUCAAGUAUGAGGAGGAGCUGGACCUUCAUGAUGAGGAGGAGACCAGUGUUCCCGGCAGGCCCGGCUCCACCAAGAGGAGACAGUGUUAUCCUAAAGCCAUACCGGAGUGUCUCCGCGACAGUUACCCUGUACCGGAGCAGUCCUAUUACCUGUAUGUUAUUGGCAUGGUCCUGACCACCCCUCUGCCUGAUGAGCUAAACUUCCGCCGCAGGAAGCUGUACCCUCCAGAGGACACUACCAGGUGCUUCGGCAUCCUGACCGCCAAACCUAUACCUCGGAUCCCCCACUUCCCAGUGUACACACGGUCCGGCGAGGUGACCAUCUUCAUCGAGCUCCAGAAGGCAGGAUUCACUCUGACUGCUGUCCAGCUGGACCUCAUCACCAGACUACAUCAGUAUAUCUUCUCACACAUCCUCCGUCUGGAGAAACCUGCUCUGGAGUUCAAACCCACUCAGGCCGAUUCAGCCUAUUGCGUUCUACCUCUCAACGUUGUUGAGGAUUCCAACACUCUAGAUUUGGACUUUAAAUUCAUGGAGGACAUAGAAAAGUCUGAGGCCCGUAUUGGCAUUCCUACCACCCAGUACACCAAGCAGAACCCCUUCACCUUCAAACUAGAAGACUACCAGGACGCUGUCAUCAUUCCACGGUAUCGUAACUUUGACCAGCCCCACCGUUUCUAUGUGGCGGACGUUUACACAGACCUAACGCCGCUCAGCAAGUUCCCGUCGCCGGAGUAUGAGACGUUUGCUGAGUACUACAAAACCAAGUACAACCUGGACCUGUCCAAUGUAAACCAGCCACUACUGGAUGUUGACCACACCUCCUCACGCCUGAACCUGUUAACCCCUCGCCACCUGAACCAAAAGGGGAAAGCCCUGCCUCUCAGCAGUGCAGAGAAGAGGAAGGCCAAGUGGGAAAGUCUCCAAAACAAACAGAUCCUAGUCCCAGAGCUGUGUGCCAUUCACCCCAUCCCAGCCUCUCUGUGGAGGAAGGCUGUUUGUCUGCCCAGCAUACUGUACCGCCUCCACUGCCUCCUCACCGCUGAGGAGCUGAGGGCCCAGACAGCCAGCGACGCUGGAGUAGGAGCCCAGACCCUGCCCCCAGACUUCAGAUAUCCAAACUUGGACUUUGGAUGGAAGAAGUCCAUCGACAGCAAGUCAUUCAUCUGUCCGCGUGGUGUGGAUGAUGAUGAUGAUGAUGAUGAUGAGGAGGAGGAGGAGGAGGAGGAGGAGGACAGUGGAGAUGGGAACUGUAAACAACAAGAUCAGACUGUUGCUCCUGUCUCUGUAUCCCAGCAACCCUCUAGUGACUGUCAUGUCUCCUCCCAGCCUGAGGUGGGCAAUGUCAGGCCAGUGGAGGAGAACACCCAGCAUCCACACUCCGCCUCUCGCACCCUGACCCUCACUAACGGCACUUCCCCUGUUGCCAAAGACAUCGGUGACUACGGCAACCAAGCACACCCUCGCAACGGACACGACAACUGCCAAUCCCUCUCGGCUGACUCUGAUGAGCCGCUGGCGGGCGACCAAGUAUCGACAAUGACGGCGCAAACCACUACCUCAGUUCUUCCUGUGCGGCCCUCUCUAAGCACCGAGCACCAAAACGAGACCCCGGCCCAGCCUCGGGCCCAGCGCCAGCCCGCUCCGGCCCAGCCUAGAGAUGAAUGUAGACCAGGGAGGAGCUCCGAGCUCUGUGAGGGCAACGGGCACCAUGUGAAUCAAGCUACCUCAGACUGCUGUAGCCCAGCAACAGUGACCAGGCCCACCACAGCACCUUUACCUGACCCUGCAGAGAUCCAGGAGACGGCCAGCAACACGCGGGGAGAAGAUUCGGGCCCCUGCCCCAAGACCCUCGGGCCCAACCCUGGACUCAUCCUUCAGGCGCUGACCCUGUCCAACGCCAGUGACGGUUUCAACCUGGAACGCCUGGAGAUGCUAGGAGACUCGUUCCUGAAGCACGCCAUCACCACCUACCUGUUCUGUACAUACCCCGAUGCACACGAGGGGCGACUCUCCUACAUGAGGAGCAAGAAGGUGAGCAACUGUAACCUGUAUCGGCUGGGGAAGAAGAAAGGUCUUCCUAGCAGGAUGGUGGUGUCCAUCUUCGAUCCGCCGGUCAACUGGCUGCCUCCUGGCUACGUGGUCAACCAGGACAAGACCAGUGAGGACAAAUGGGACGACGACGAGGCAAAAGAGGACCAGGCCAAUGGUAGUGCUGGAGAGGACUUGUGUGAGGAUGAAGAGGAGCUUGGUGCGGAGGUGCUGGAGGAGGAUGAAGAUCUAAUGUGGAAGGAGCCUAAAGAUGGGGUGAACCUGGAGGACGACCUGGAAUACUACCAGGAGCACAUCAAGUUCAUUGACAACAUGCUCAUGGGCUCUGGCGCCUUCGGCAAGAAGAUCUCCCUUAAUACCUUUGCCCCUGCGCCUCCAACGUCUGGCUCCUGCCGCAGCCCCUCCGCUCGCUCUUCCUCCCCAGCAGCCGAGCCCAGCUACGGGGAGUGGAGGCCCCCUAAGAAGCCAAGCCCAGUCCCCAACCCCCACUACCCCUCCGAGCCUAGUGGUGUCGGGUCAGCAGAUGAGUUUGACUACAGCUCAUGGGACGCCAUGUGUUACCUGGACCCCAGCAAGGCGGGGGAAGAAGAGGAGUUUGUGGUGGGCUUCUGGAACCCGUCGGAGGAGAACUGCGGGGCGGAGCUGGGGAAACAGUCCAUCUCCUAUGACCUCCACACAGAGCAGUGCAUCGCUGACAAGAGUAUCGCUGACUGUGUGGAGGCCCUCUUGGGCUGCUACCUCACCAGCUGUGGGGAGAGGGCCGCUCAGAUGUUCCUCUGCUCACUGGGACUCAAGGUGUUACCAGUACAGAGGCGGAGUUUGACUGAGUUCACAGAGGUGGCAAACCUUGACCUCCAGUACGGCUGGCUGAAGAUCCCGCCCCGCUGCAUGUUUGAUCACCCGGACGCUGAGCGGACCCUCAAUCACCUCAUCUCCGGCUUUGACAAUUUUGAGAAGAAGAUCAGCUACACCUUCCAGAACAAGGCUUAUCUGCUGCAGGCCUUCACACAUGCCUCCUACCAUUAUAACACCAUUACAGAUUGUUAUCAACGACUGGAGUUUCUUGGUGAUGCAAUUUUAGACUACCUCAUAACGAAGCACCUUUAUGAAGAUCCUCGCCAACACUCUCCUGGCGUGCUCACAGACCUGCGCUCGGCCCUUGUCAACAACACCAUCUUUGCCUCCCUGGCCGUUCAGUACGAUUACCACAAGUACUUCAAGGCCGUGUCACCCGAGCUCUUCCACGUCAUCGACGACUUUGUGCAAUUUCAGCUGGAGAAGAACGAGAUGCAAGGGAUGGAUUCUGAGCUCCGGCGCUCAGAAGAAGAUGAAGCGAAAGAGGAGGACAUUGAAGUCCCCAAGGCAAUGGGAGACAUCUUUGAGUCGCUAGCCGGAGCAAUUUACAUGGAUAGCAGGAUGUCACUGGAGACUGUGUGGCAAGUGUAUUAUCCAAUGAUGAGGCCACUUAUAGAGAAAUUCUCAGCUAACGUCCCUCGUUCUCCAGUACGGGAGCUGCUGGAGAUGGAGCCAGAGACCGCAAAAUUCAGCCCUGCGGAGAGAACGUACGAUGGGAAGGUCCGUGUGACGGUGGAGGUCGUGGGUAAGGGCAAGUUCAAAGGCGUGGGCCGAAGCUACCGGAUUGCUAAGUCUGCCGCCGCACGUCGUGCCCUGCGCAGCCUCAAAGCCAACCAACCUCAGGUUCCUAACAACUGAGCUUCACAUGCUAACUAGCUAGCUACGAAUGCUAGCUAUUGAAACUAGCAACCUGCGCUAGUUACUGAAACUAGUUACUGACGCAGGCUACCUACAACAGUUACUAGCCAGUACCCACUGAUGCUAGCUUCUGACGCUAACCAGCUACCUGUGCUAGCGAUUCCAGCUAGUUACCAACACAGCCCUGUAUCUUCAGACCACAACGGCACAACCAAGGCAGCCAGGGAACGUUAUGUAGAGACAUGGGGAAGUCACAUCACGAAGAGAGCUCAUCAACUUUUACGUUGGAUUUUUUAUUUUUUUUGUUCUUUUGCGCAAACACAAUCUUUUCUUUCCUUCUCUCCUCUGCUUUGUGUAAUCACGAGAGUGCUUUAUUAACGUACAGCAAAGUGUUAAAACGAGAAAAAAGGUCAGGUGUCUCUUUUUCUCAGUUUUUGUCGUUUCUACGUAAUUUCUUUUUGUUUAACCUCUGCUUUGUGUCAGCGAGAUAUGAGGCUUAUUUGUAUUAUGAGUAUUAUUAGAUUGUACAUAGUUCAAAUCAAAGGUGUAAAUCAAAAAAAAUAUAUGAAAACGCUAAACUCCUCAAUCUGUGCACUAGUGCCAGUUUUAAAGCGUUUUUUAAAAACGUUAUGGCUAAGGACAUGGCUAGCAGAGGCCAAACCAUGGGCGAAGUAGACCAGUGUGGCCCACCUCUGUCUGAACUCUGCCCUGAGAUGGUGUUUUUAGGAUGUGUUUCCAGUUGCACCCUUUCCCCUACAUAGAACCAUAUGGUCAGAAUAGUGUACUAUGUAGGGCAUAGUGUGCCAUUAGGAAUACAGCCUUCGUUAUUAUUGCACUUAUUCCAUUAGGGUCUGUUAUUUUGAAUUGUGUGGUCGGAUGGACUCAUUCAAUACCUAACUAUCUAUCAAGUUAAUAUGAAAUAGAAAUAUGAUUUGCCUUACAUACUAAGGCCCUUGGUCGUAUCCUGGAAAAAAAAACAAAGGAUAAGAUUUCAACAUUCCCAGUUACUGUAAUAAAAAAAAAGUUUUUAAGCAGCACUAGAGGAUGCAUGUUUGUGUAGCUUAUCUAUUCAUAACCAUGGCGACUGGAUGGCGUAUAUAGACAUGAUACAUCUAUCAAUAUAUCUAGAACAUAAGAAAGAUAUAUGAAAUGUUUAUUAUUGUGACAUAAAUCAACUCUAUGGUUUCAAGUAUUGUCUUUUGAUACCAAGAUUAUGUUCAUUAUGAUGGCCAUUUCUUGAGCAUUUAGUUACGUCUCUAUUGACUGCGUUGUUUAGAUUUUGAUAAUUAUUAUGACCAGAAAUGAAAAAAGGAGACAUAUCACCCAGGUAAUAUGCUGCAGAUUUUGUAUGAAUUGGAUACUUCUGUGAGACACAGAGCACCUUUUAAGUACAGUCUUUAUGACACACAGACAAUGCUGUUUUUUUAUAAACAGAAUUGCGGUUCACACAUCCCUUCACUUACCAAAGCUAAUGCAGAUGUGACGCUACACAUGUGAAGUCAGUUUCUAGGGAUAUGGUUACCAGCCUUUUUGUUUUAUUAUUUAGUUCAAACACAUUGUGACUAGCUUCCAUUUGUGUGACUAUAUAGCUUCAUAGACUAAAUAUAUUUUUCUCUCAGUAGUAUGAAUAGCCCCUCUUCACUUGAAUACCUCAGUUGAUUGCAUGCAUUGUCUUUUUUUUGUUUUGUUUUUGGUGCUAUGUUUUUUUUUGUUUUGUAUUAAGCUUGAAUUUCUCAUCCUUUUUGCACUGUAACUAUAAUACCUCUUUAUUUGACCUUUGAAAUCUGUCAGUCAGGUUGGUUGUCCUAUUCUAGCAGCCGUAAUGCUGUAGAGGUUUAGCUGCAUUGUUGGUCUCAUCAUUUGUUUUCUCUUUCCUCUUUUUACUUAAUGCUUGAAAAUGUGGUCGGGUGAAACCGGAGGGUGUUCUCAUUCUACACAAGCCUAAAGUAGUGUGUUUUUAGUCUCUCAGCAUAAAUCCUCUUCAAAUGAAAAAGAAAGGAAUUAGCAAUGACCAGAGGAGAGCCUUUCUGUACUGUAGCUUGUUGAGGUAAACAGAUUGCACUCUAAAUUUGUCUCUCACCUUGUGUGGCCAGCCCAGUCUUAUUGCAGGUUGGAAGAUUAGAUUUCCACACACUAAGAUUCUUUCUCUCAACUCACUUGAAAAUGGCAUUCUUCACAGAUGUUGCAUUCUUGAACUGUACACCUGUGUAAUCCUAGAACAGUUGGUGUGCAAAAAAGCUUUUUGUAAUUCUAAGCUUGUGAUACAGGAAUUGGGAGUGUUGUGGUGCAUUGUGGGGUGUUAUAUUCUAUACAUGUGUCAUGGAUGGUUCCAAGGCUAUCCGUCACUAUGGCAACUAUGGCUAAGUUGUUUGGCUAAGUAUGUAUGGCUAAAUCCUACCAUAGGUAUACUACCUCAGAAGACUGCCCAUUGCCAGUCACUGUCUUAUUUAAAUAUAUAUAUCAAUAAAAAAUUAAUUACAAAAAUAAUGUUUAUUAUGAAAACUUUUUUUUCCUGGACAAGACUGCAAUUUGAGAAAUAUUUAUGGCAGUGACAUACUGUAAACUUUUACCUGAGAUAUCCAUACAUUGGAUAAACAGAAUAUAUCUAUAUACAGUAUAUAUACAAACGUAAUCUCAAAUAGUUCUUUGCACUGAGAUACAACAUUCCCACAGUUACUUGUAUCUUUGAUGACCUAUAUUUUUGACAAGCCGAAUAACGCAAACUUUGAACAGUGCCUUUUGCCUUAGUUUCCUAGUCAAGUAAAUCCUGCAACUCUUGUCUCUCAGUAGUUGAGCAACCUUGCCUAGAGUAGCUUUAAUGAGCCAAAUACUCUUUGUUCUUAGAGGGUUAUUGUGUAUUCAUGCAUUAGCCCAACAUAACCUAACCUGGUGCCAUACAAUGUCAUUUGGUUGUGAACUUUGGAAUAGCCAUGUAAAUACUUCAAAAUAUACAAUACUUGCUAAAUGUAUAUAUUAUUAACAACAUUCUGUGUUGUGUGUGCGCAUAUGUGUGUGAUUAGAAGAGACUUAACUGGAGUGAUGGUUGUUAUUCUGACAGUUUGUUUCAUUUCAUUUGACCCCGGAUGCCAUCGUAUGGAGUGCAAUCUGGAUUUACUCUCGCAAGCAACAGUUUAAAAAAUAUAUAUAUUUUAAGUAGUAAAAUGAUCUAAACUGCAGAACUACAGCUGAUUUAACAUUCAUCUAUCGUUUAUUUCUGGGGGGGGGGGGGGUCUGUGGAAUGUCAUAGCGAGCCUACACAUGUUUUUUUCAUUUGGGUGGAGUACUUUGUGAAAUUGACUCAUGGUACCACACCAGUUGUCUGUUUGUCACAGACGGAAAUACACAAUUAAGAAAUGAUCAUUGAAACUUCCCAUGGUGCCGUGUGAUCACUUUCCUACAAUCUAAAUGUUGUAUUAGUCAAGGUGUUUUAUGGGACUGUAGCUAUAUGGUUGUCAUCAAUUGUUUGCCGACUGGCAAAUAAUUAUUGUUUUGUUUGCUUUCUCUUUUUGUACAUGUAGCACAAUUGAGCUUUGCACUUGGGCGCCAUACUUUACCUCAUGUCAGAAAGAGUUGAAAAAAAGAAGUGUAAACAGUAUAUGAUGCUGCCGUUACGUGAAGAGGGAUAACUCGUGGUUUAGGCUUUGCUGCUGUUUCAUUUUGUUAAUAUUUUACAAUUGUAUUUGAGGCAAUGGUUGGGGAAAGAUACAAUGUGCCUACAGCAGGUCAACAUCUGAUGAAUACACUGUAGUUAACAAGUAAAAGAUCUCUGCAAUAGAUCAGGGGCUGAUAUGUAUGUGUUGUGUAUACAUUGAUGUCCUGCCUUAAAUGUAAUUCUUUGAAUAUUGAACUGUAAUAUAACCCUCAAACUGCCAUGUCCUUCGAUAGGCAUGACUUGAAUUAUGUUUAGUCAACUAUUUUCCGCCCUUUAGUUAGAUUACAUCUGACUAGUUCCAUAUGGAGUAGUGCAUGUCAGUAGAAAUAGUUUCCCCUACCCCCUUUGUUUUCUUAUUUAGCGUAAUACACUAUUUUGAUUUCAAUCAAAAAAAUAAUUCCAGUCCCUAUACAUUUGUAAACGGGCUGCUACGUUGGACAAGGGGUAAAGUAAACAAAUGAAACGUUAUAUAGUAAUAAAAAGGUGAAAUGCCUUGGAUGACAAAAUGUACAUGAAAAAGAGAAAAUAAUCAAAUGCGGUCUUUACAGCAAGUUGCUCCAGCGAAGCCGGCGGGGAGUCUUUGAUGGUGACUUUUGGGAAUGAACUUGUGAGAAUGUCAUUGUCGCCAAACAGCGGAACACCAGCAGAAUGGAAUGAAAAUGAAAUGAAAUGGAACCGACUUGAUGUACUGAUUUCAGUAUGGGGAAAUAUGGGCCAUCAUAACCUGCAGCAGAAUUUUAAGGGACACUGAAAAUAAUAAAAACGUCUCACUCAUACUGUAACGCCUUGCUGCAGUGGUUUGCGGUCUGCACCUUAUGGAUCACAAUUACCUUUAAUAUUCUGUUUUGUUUUCUUUUUUUGUAAUAAUUGUAGCCGAGUAUAUCUACAAUAAAGUUAUGGUAUGGUC